AUGAGCAAGAAGAGGAAGUCUCUGAAUCCAGCCAACUCAUUGAAAGACAGCGAACAAGUAUUAGCCUCAGAUUUCAUCAGAGGAGACGAUCUUGAUGACCUAUUAUCGAAGCUUGUCAGGAGUGUGGAGAGUGCCAAGGCUUCAAGGGGAGGCUUACCAGAAAAGAUAUGGAUGAAGCAACAAUUUGCUAUCGGGGUCAAUGAUGUCACACGGGUUCUCGAGCGAAUGCCGCAUUCUGUUACUGCUUCUCAUUCUACUCAAAGGUCUAGUGAAGCACCAACUGUCUCAGGCCGACGUCAAGCUCCUUUGGUGCCAUUGCAGGCUGUCCUUGUAGCUGCUGACUGCAACCCCAAAUGGUUAACAAAACACAUACCAACACUAGCAUCUACAAGGCAGGUACCAGUGUUGUGCGUGAAGGACAACAAGGGAGGCUCACUAAGGUUAGGUCAUGUGGUGAAUGUCAGAACAGCGCUUGCCAUUGGAGUAAAGGCCAGAGAUAGCAUAGUCAACAAGACUAUUGAUGAGAUCCUGAAGGAUAGUAAGCUGGUUGGCAAUGAAGUAACUCCAAGUCCAGUAACAUGUUUGGACUAA